UUACUGUUGCCUCCAGAGGAGAAGCUCCAUCACUUUGACAGCUCCGUUCGUAGAGGCGAAGACAGCAGAGAGUAUGAUGCUUGCAUCCAGGACCUGGUGCGAUGUGUGGCCCUGACAAGGCUGAUAUAUGGAGAGAGACAUCUGAAACGGGCCCAGGCCCAUGCCAGGCUGGCUAAAGCAUAUCUUCAAUUCAAAGGCUGGGGACUGCAGGCUAUGGAGCACUUGGUCCUGGCCAAAGAGCAGUUACCUUUCUGUUCAUCCUACGGCAAUGAAAAGCUGGAGGUUCUCACAUGUCUGCUGAGCAUACACCUCACAAAGGGGGCUGCUUCCCUACUUACGGACAAUUUAGAGGACACACACUCCUCUUUUCUGGAGGCAGAUAAAAUCCUGGAGGACCUUCAUCAGCACAAUGCUAUCAACCAUGACGAGAAGAUAAAGACACAGCUGGAAAUCACCAGUGGUCUACACAGGUUCUACAAGAGACAGAACCAACUAGAGGAGGCAUUACUCCAGUGUGAGAAGUCUUUGGAGCUGCUAAAGGAUUGUAAUCAGCCUCAGAAGACUUGCUCUGUCUAUAGAGACAUGGCUGCCAUUGAGCAGGACCGAGGUCAUGUGGACAGAGCUGUACAGCACCUCACCAAGGCUCAUGCCAUUGCCAUGAGUCACACUCCAGAGGGGCUUGAAGGGGCCCAGAUCUCCCACAGCCUAGCUCUCAUUCUGUCUUCUGCAGCAGAGUCCCAUCACAAUGACACUCCAGAUCACUAUUUUGAACAAAGUCUAGCUGCUUACAAGAAGUCUGUAGGUCCACAGGAUCCAGCUUUCCUCGCAGCCCAAGAUGACUUCUGCCGCUUUCUCCUCAUUAAUGGGCAGCAAGAGAAAUGUGUGGCGAUCCAGAGAGCCUCUCUUGAUUCUAAAAGAUCUACAUUUGGUGAUAUGAGCUCUGAGGUAGCGGACACUCUUCAGCUAAUAGGAAGUGUGGAGAUGGCCAAGGGCCAGAUGGACCAGGCCCACAAGACCAUGACAAAGUGCCUGAAGAUCCAGAAUUUGCUAUAUGGCCCUCAGCACAAGAAAGCAAAAGCUACACAGAAAGCUGUGAACAUGUUAGCAAGGGUACCAGAGGUGGUUGAGAGGCAGCGGAGCCAAAGCAGAAAAGGAAAAAAAGCUGAGACAGUUCCAGUUGUAUCUACCAGCGGUAACGAUGACAACUCCACUUCUGACAUCUGA